AUGCCAAGUGCAACUGAUCAAACAUUAGAGAAUCAAAAUGAUGAGGAAUUGAAUUCGUUACAUAGUAAGAUAAAGUCUUUGAGAUCAGUGACUAUAGAUAUCCUUGACGAUGCAAAUAGACAAAAUGAUCAAACAAACUCCUUCUCAUCAUUCGCAUCAUCUUUAUUCUCAACAUCGAGACAUCAUUCCCGUACAAUGGCUUCAACGUCGACUCUGAGACAGUAUAGAACUAUAGCUUAUAUAGUCGGUGCUAUCGUUGUUUUAUGGUUGAUCAUGAAAGUUUGGAGGAGUACUCCUGGUUCAUCAACUGGACAUAUCGAUCCAGAGUAUUAA